CAACACACCAAGAGAUAGACAUUCAGAGACCAUCAUCAUGAUCAUGAGGUGCAAUAUUAAUAGUAGUCCGGCCAUGAAGGGUUUUGCUGCUAGGCUUGUUAUGAUCUCCAUGCAGGUGUGGUCGCUCAGUGCGGCCGCCGCCGCCGGACCGAGUAGCAAGAUGGUAAGGCUGGUGCCGGCGAUGUACGUGUUGGGCGACUCGACGCUGGAUGUCGGCAACAACAACUACCUGGCGGGGCCGAACGUGCCCAGGGCCAACAUGCCCCUCAACGGCGUCGACUUGCCCGGCGGCGCCCGGGCAACGGGGCGGUUCAGCAACGGCUACAACGUCGCCGACUUCAUCGCAAUGAAACUGGGACUGAAGGAGAGUCCGCCGGCGUAUCUGUCGCUGGCGCCACGCCCCACCGCCUUGGUCCUCAGCGCUCUCGCCGCCGGCGUGAGCUAUGCUUCUGCCGGAGCCGGCAUCCUGGACUCCACUAACGCCGGGAACAACAUCCCGCUGUCGAAGCAGGUGCGCUACUUUGGGUCAACCAAGGCGGCAAUGGAGGCCAGGGUGGGCGGCGCCGCGGCCCGCGUCCUGCUCUCGAGGUCAUUCUUCCUCUUCAGCGUCGGCAGCAACGACCUCUUCGUGUUCGCGGCGGCGCAGCCAACAGCGGGCGACGUCGCCGCGCUCUACGCCAGCCUCAUCUCCGGGUACUCCGCCGCCAUCACGGACCUGUAUGGCAUGGGCGCGAGGAAGUUCGGGGUCAUCAACGUGGGGCUGCUGGGCUGCGUGCCGGCGGUGCGGGCGCUGAGCGCGACGGGCGGGUGCAACGACGGCCUCAACCUCCUGUCGGCCGGGUUCGACGGCGCGCUGAGGUCCCUCCUGGCCGGCCUCGCCGCCCGGCUGCCGGGCCUCGCCUACUCCCUCGCCGACUCCUACAACCUCACGCAAGUCACCUUCGCCAACCCAGCAGCAUCCGGGUACGUGAGCAUAGACAGCGCGUGCUGCGGGAGCGGGAGGCUGGGAGCGGAGACCGACUGCCUGCCUAACUCCACGCUGUGCGCCGACCACGACCGCUUCGUCUUCUGGGACCGAACGCAUCCUUCGCAGCGGGCCGGCGAGCUCAGCGCCGCCGCCUACUUCGACGGAGCCGCCGGCUUCACCGCGCCCAUCAGCUUCCACCAGCUGGCCCGCAAGAUUUAGCUGGCUAGCUAGGUCGGCGCUCCACCUCCACGCGCGGACGAUGCAACUAGUGCUAGCUACCUAGGCUGCUACUCGUGCACGCCGCGUUCAUCUCUACUUAUAGAUAAAGCUACCACGAUACGAAUAUUCCUUUGUAAACUACUGUACUCUCUCUGUCUGGGUGAAUAAGUCAUCUUAGGUUGUUCACCGCAACCAAGGUAAAGAAAAAAAGAGAGAACUUAAUGUUUAUUUGCUAA